AAUGUUGAACAGUGGGGUGUUUAUGAAGUUUGGUGCCACGUAGUUACCCUAAACACCACUAUAGUACUGUAUUUACUUUAUUCAUUUAAUUUAAGGGACUCUUUCACAAAAAUCUGUGAGUACGCUUUGUAAGUGACAAAAUGAUGUGUUUUUCUAUUUGUUCGCUGUUAUCGUUUGUAACAAUGCUCACCCAUGGAGCCAAGCUGCCUGACCCUGAAGUGAAAAUAGAAGUUCUGCAGAAACCUCUCAUGUGUUACCGCAAGACAAAAUAUGGAGACAUGCUUCUUGUCCAUUAUGAGGGAUACCUGGAGAGCAAUGGCACCAUGUUUCACUCCAGCCGUACGGAAGGGGAUAAAAACCCAAUGUGGUUCACCUUGGGGAUCCGAGAGGCUCUCAAGGGCUGGGAUAAGGGGUUGAAGAACAUGUGCACAGGAGAGCGCCGGAAACUGACCAUCCCUCCAGCUCUUGCCUACGGGAAGGAAGGGAAAGGCAAGAUCCCUCCGGGCAGCACCCUCGUAUUUGACAUUGAGCUCAUUGAUAUCCGCAAUGGGCCACGAUCGCACGAUUCCUUCCGGGAGAUGGAUCUCAACGAUGACUGGAAGCUCUCCAGGCAGGAGGUGAAGGCGUACCUGAAGAAGGAGUUUGAGAAGCACGGAUACUCACCGAACGACACGCACCACGAAGUGAUGGUAGAGGACAUCUUUAAAAAUGAGGACGAGGACAAAGACGGUUUCAUCUCCACCAGAGAAUUCACUUAUCAACACGACGAACUGUAAAGGACGCACAUGCAGGCAGGACAAGUUGCAUGUGGAGGAAAAGUGUAUUGCCGCUGAGUACCGCUGAGGCCCAUACGGACCACAGCUGAGGAACAGAUAUUUUUGGCGGCCCAACAAUGGCUAGGAGACACUGAUUUAAACGAACAGAAAAAAGACCCCGAUAUUUUGACGCUAAUGCAAUUUUAUUGUCAGAAUGUCAUACACAUAUUUAACAUCCAUUCAUCCAUUUUCUACCGCUUAUUCCCUUCGGGGUCGCGGGGGGUGCUGGAGCCUAUCUCAGCUACAAUCGGGUGGAAGGCGGGGUACACCAUGGACAAGUCACCACCUCAUCGCAGGGCCAACACAGAUAGACAGACAACAGUCACACUCACAUUCACACACUAGGGCCAAUUUAGUGUUGCCAAUCAACCUAUCCCCAGGUGCAUGUCUUUGGAGGUGGGAGGAAGCCGGAGUAUUUAACAAUUUUAGCUUAAAUGUAUGCCUUUUUUAUUUGCUCAAAACCUGGAAAUUUACCAGCAAGCACAACAGUCAGUUUCCUUACUCAUCUUUGCACUGACAUAUGCAUUGACCUGAUCACUGACCGUAUAACAACCUGCGAAGCUUUUCAGGUAUUCAUACACAGUAAAGGAGCAUGUGCGCUCAAAAUAAAUUGCGUGGUUUUUCUGCAAAAAUACAAAAUUACAGUAAUGCCUUGUUGAUCGCUGUUAUUUGGUUCUGGACAUGACCACGAUAAAUUAAGUUCUGCGAAGUAGGAAUCAUUAAUUAUAAAUAUAAACACAUUUUUUCAUAGCAAGAAGAACAUAAAACAACUAUUUACAUUAUAAGAGCGUUCUAGUUGUAACCUUUACACUUUUUUUACUCCAGUAUAGUAAUGAUCCCUGAUGCUGUGCCAAUCAGUGGCCACAAUACUAAACAAAGGGGACGGGGCGGUUGGGAGAGUGGCCGUGCCAGCAGCCUAUCAAUCCCCACCUUCUACCAACCUAGUCACGUCCGUUGUGUCCUUGAGCAAGACACUUCAUCCAUGCUCCUGAUGGGUCGUGGUUAGAGCCUUGCAUGGCAGCUCCCGCCAUCAGUGUGUGAAUGUGUGUGUGAAUGGGUGAAUGUAGAAAUAGUGUCAAAAGCACUUUGAGUACCUUGAAGGUAGAAAAGCGCUAUACAAGUAUAACCCAUUUAAAGUGCUAUGAUUGGUUUGGUCUCCUCUAGUGGCCAAUACUACUGUAGUAUUGAUCAUUUAAGUUGAUUUAGCCAUUGUUAUGCUUAAUUAAGCAUUGAAGCGUGAUGUGGCGAGGGAUGACUGUAAUGCACAAUUUUUUUGUAAUUAAUCACGUAAGUAAAUGGAUUACAUUUAGCAGCCCUGAUUUUAAAACAAUGUGUGUUUUUUACGUAAAAUGUUCGGUUGACAGUUAUAAGGUACGUAAAGUUCUGAUUCUUUUGGUAAAAUAGUUUGUGCUGUUAAAAACGGUCAUUUGUGCUACUUUAGUUUUUGAGUUAUUGAAUAACGGAGCCCCAUUCUCUCCAAAUGAAAGCAACAUAGCUUCACUAAUCAAUAGACUUGGACGUAGACUUAGACAAACUUUAUUGAUCCACGAGGGAAAUUGUUCCACACAGCAGCUCAGUUACAAAGGAUGGAAAGGAUAAUGCAGGUAUAAAGUAGACAAAACAUUUACCAUAGUAGCAAUAUAAAAUAUAACAUAUGUAAUGUUUACAUAUUAUAUAUGCAGUAUAUAAUAUAUACUGAUAUAUUAUAUUAUACCAGCGACCCCGAAAGGGACAAGCGGUAGAAAAUGGAUGGAUGGAUUAUAUUUUUAUAUAUAGUGUUGUGUUUGUGCUGGACUGUGGCGUUAAAAUGACCGAUUUUGUUGUUCAAUCAUCAAUCAAUCAAUGUUUAUUUAUAUAGCCCUAAAUCACAAGUGUCUCAAAGGGCUGCACAAGCCACAACGACAUCCUCGGUACAGAGCCCACAUAAGGGCAAGGAAAAACUCACCCCCGUGGGACGUCGAUGUGAAUGAC